GGUGGGAGGUGCCCGCCAGCCGGCGGCGCCGGCUGGUUCCUCCGAGUGCGGGCGCCGGGUGGACAUGGAGGAAGGCUUGGCAGACGAGCUUGACGAAGAGGAGCAGCUGGUGAGAAAGCAACGCAAAGAGAAGAAGGAGUUGCAAGCCAAAAUUCAAGGUAUGAAGAAUGCCGUUCCCAAGAAUGACAAGAAGAGGAGGAAGCAGCUCACGGAAGACGUUGCUAAGCUGGAGGCAGAAAUGGAGCGGCGGCACCGAGAGGAGCUGGAGCAGUUGAAGCUGGCUUCCCAGGAGGGUCAGAGAGAUUUUGAUGCUGUUAACAUUUCAAACUUGGUUCUUGAGAAUCAGCCGCCUCGGAUAUCAAGAGCACAAAAGAGACGGGAUAAAAAAGCUGCAUUGGAAAAGGAGCAGAAAGAAAGGAUAGCUGAAGCUGAAAUUGAGAACUUACAUGGAGCUAGACAUGUAGAAAGUGAAAAACUUGCUCAAAUAUUGGCAGCUAGACAGUUGGAAAUUAAACAGAUUCCCUCGGAUGGCCACUGUAUGUAUAGAGCCAUUGAAGAUCAGCUGAAAGAGCGGGAAUGCCCUCUGACUGUAGCUGCCUUAAGAAGCCAAACUGCUAACUAUAUGCAAAGCCACAUGGAAGACUUUCUGCCGUUUUUAACAAACCCCAAUACAGGAGAUAUGUAUACUCCAGAAGAGUUUGGAAAGUACUGUGAUGAUAUUAUAAACACAGCUGCAUGGGGAGGCCAGCUGGAGCUAAGAGCCCUGUCUCAUAUUUUACAAACACCAAUAGAGAUAAUACAGGCAGAUUCUCCUCCUAUUGUAGUUGGCGAAGAAUAUCCAAACAAACCGUUAAUACUUGUAUAUAUGAGACACGCAUAUGGCUUAGGAGAACAUUACAAUUCUGUCACGUGGUUGGUGAACAGAGUUACUGAAAACUGCAGCUAGUUUACAGAGUGUUGCACAAUUAUGUUUUUGUACAGUGUGCCGAUAUGAGUAUUUAUACCAAGUGCUGGAUUGUUUUAAACGUUACUGAAAAAACAACUACUUUAAAUCAGUUUUAUGGCAUAGCUGCUAAUAGGUUUUUAAAAAAUAGUCAGAGAUAAACUUUAACCAGUAUCCCCUUACUGGUAUUUUAAACACUUGUACGUCCAUUGUGGAGAGCAUCAUUCAUAGGCCAAGAUGCAACCCUAUUUGCUUAUAUUUUUUAUUAAUAUGGGAUCCUGAACAUUCUGUUGAAAUAAAUCUUAAUGUUUUAUUAAAAGCUUUCAGUAACCAUUUCAGUGUAAUUUCUCUUGAAGAUUGCAAUACUGUGGGGAUGGUGAUAGCAAAUUUAAUUUAUCCUUAUAAAGAAACUUGAUUGCAGUAACCUUGGUAUUAGUGAAAUUAAUGCUGUGAAGCUUUUUUAUUUCCCCAUCCAAGUGCAGCCAAGAAGCUUGUUUUAAUGAUUAAGAAUUUUAAAAUGUUUUUUCUCAGAUGGGAAUCAGUAGUUAAAACUGAGACAGAUUCAAAAUAUAUAGGUGUUCCCUAUCAGAUUUAAACCUGUAAAGAAUUAUAGAUUAGCCUUUUAUUUUUGUGUCAUUUUAAAGGUCCCAACAUACUAAUGUCUGAUUAAUUUGUUACUACUUGCUGUUUCUUAAACUUCUUAUUUUCAGAACUACAAAUGUUUGUACUCUUUGUGGUGUUUUCUCCUUCACUGCUCAGCUGCUUUGCUUUCCUUGCACUUUUUUCCACUGAGAAAUGAUUUGUGACCUCUUACCCAUGAACUGCUACAAGUUGAAGCAGCACUGUCAAAAGUGUCCAAGGCCAAAUAUACUUCAAAUCCUUCCUCUUUCCCAAUUUUUUUUACAAAACCUUUCUCUUUUUGCUUCCUUCUCUAGGAUUAAAAGAAAGCCUUUUUUACUGUUAUUUUGUUAGCCUUUUAAUGUCCCCUUUCCGUAACCUGAAGUAUUUGAGAAUGUUUCUAUCACAUGUAUAGAUCAAGCUGAAAGCCACUCUUUAGGAGCCAGACUGUGUAGUACAAAUCAAUAUAUAAUACCUUUUGGUGUGAAUGAUUUAUCUAGCUCAGAUUUCAAGUUACACGUAACAGUAUUCCUUCUAAGAAGAUAGUACUCAUAUAUACAAAUGUGUCUGGUAAUUUGAUAAAAAAGUAUUAUGAAAAUUACACUUUUUUUAUUAGAUCUGUCUUUCCCCAAUUAGAAAAAGCUAGUAACAUUUAGCAUGAAGUUUAUAAUAUUUGAAUUUUUGCUUUAUGAAUGCAACUAAUUUUUGCAGUUAAAUAUCAGGUUUAUAUAUUAAAAAUGGGUGUCAGUCUCAUUGAUGAUGUGGGAAACUGGUCAACUAGAGCAAGUAAGUACUGCAUGAAGGUAUUCCAUUUCAAGAGAUUAAAAGCCAUUCUGCUGCCAAGCAAAAUACAUUCUGAAGGCUGCCUGUUUUGAGAUCUGAGUUUUCUUGGGGCUCUGAAAUUUAUAAAAUAAUGAAAUUAUAAAAUACUAAUCAUAUUUGCCCUUUAUUUUGAAGUAACCUGUUGCUUUAAAAUUAAAAGAUAAGCAUUAAGAAGUAAUAAAAUAAGGUAUCAUGAAACCUAGUUAUUAUAAAUUUCAUCUACAUUUAAAGCAUUGGAAAAUACCUUAUUGGUAACUUUUUUUUUUCUAACAAGAUGAGUGGCAUUUUCUUGAUUAUAGGUUUAUUUUUAAUUUGUAUAAUUUUUUAAAAUUUAUCUUUAUUAUUGAAUGUAUUACAGAUGUCCUCCCUUGCCCCCCCAUUGUCUCCCUCCAACCUGUUCAUGCCCCCUCCCCAGGACUUCCCCACGCUGUUGUCUAUGUCCAUGGGCUAUGCAUAUGUGCAUAUAACUUCAUUGGUUUAUCUCCUACCCACCACCGCCCCUCUGAAAUAUGUCAUCUUUAAAUGGUUGAUAUGGUUAUGAACAGCAUUUGUAUGGUUAGCUCUGUUUUUUCCCCA